AUUUGCCUCUUAAAUUGGCGAUAUUCUUCUUUCACCGACCCUCCGAAAUCGUACCGGGAAAACCCUAGAACAGCCAAGCCCUUCAAUCGUGCGUCAUGGCAAUUGCUAGAACUGGCGUAUUUGUCGACGAUUACUUGGAAUAUGCCAAUACAUUGCCUGCAGAGCUUCAAAGACUUCUCAACACGAUCAGAGAACUUGACGAAAGGUCCCAAGGUAUCAUAAAUCAUACAAGGCAGCAGACUAAGUAUUGUUUAGGAAUGGCCUCACAAGGAUCUAAGAAAGGGCAUGGUGAGGAUAAUGAAGCGGCCUCUGAGAGGAUGAGGAAAGAGAUUGAGUCAAACCAAGACAGUGCAAUAAGCCUUUGUACAGAAAAGGUCCUGUUGGCGCGCCAAGCUUAUGAUCUGAUAGAUAGCCAUGUAAAACGCCUCGAUGAAGACCUCAACAACUUUGCAGAAGAUCUGAAGCAAGAGGGAAAGAUACCAUCGGAUGAGCCAGCAACUCUUCCACCUGUACCUUUGGUACCGAGAAAUGAGAAACGCAAGGCAAUAUACACGGCACCUCAGUCUCAAACUAGGCGGGUGGAGUACAGGGAGAGGGACUGGGACCGUGAUAGAGAUUUUGAACUCAUGCCUCCUCCAGGAGGGCUUAAGAAGGAUUUUUCUGUUCCUGUUGAAAUUGAUCAACCUAUAGAUCCAAAUGAACCUACCUAUUGCAUAUGCCACCAGGUAUCUUAUGGAGAUAUGAUUGCAUGUGACAAUGAAAGCUGCCAAGGAGGGGAAUGGUUUCACUACUCGUGUGUGGGGCUUACGCCGGAGACAAGAUUCAGAGGGAAAUGGUAUUGCCCAACCUGCAGGCAAUUGCCCGCUAUAUGAUCAGACAAGCUUCUUUUCUUCUUCUUUUUUUCUUUCUGUUUUGUACCCGCACUUGGUUAUUUUAGACAGGCAAAUGGAAAAGAUUCAUGUAUUUGUUCUCAAUGGCCUCAGCAGCACCAGCAGCUUGAUCUAUUAUACGCUUACAACUUGUAGAUGUUGAGAUUUGACGAGUACAAAUCUGUGGUAUGCUCGUUGAGAAAACCGAAAUAUACCACGCAUGCAUGCAUAGACCUAUAUCUUAAUUUAGACCCCAACUAAGUUAAUGU